AUGGUGGCGGCGGCAGCUGCGGGGAAGCGGAAGCGAGAUCUCUCCGAGGACGAGGUGUACCUCAUCCUCCACAAGUACUCGCCUGCGACAAUCCUGACGGUGCUUCAGGAGGUGGCGCAGCACGCGGAGAGAAGGAGCAUCGACUGGAGGGCGCUGGUGGCCAAGACAGCCACGGGGAUCACCUCCGCCCGCGAGUACCAGAUGCUUUGGCGCUACAUCGCCUACCGACAUGACUUCAUCGAGAACGCCGAGGACAUCGGCGCCCAGCCUCUGGGUGAUGAGAGCGACUUGGAAUGUGAGAUUGAACCCUUUCCUAAGCCGAGCAACGAAGCUGCAGCUGAGGCCUCCCGGUUCGCGAAGAUCUUAAUCUAUGGACCUUCACGUGAGCAAGGUUCUAGUCAUCGUGUUAACUCAGAAGUUCCUCUGCUAAACACUCCAAAUGAGAAGAUACCGCGUGUUCCAUCUGACAAACAGCUUGCUCAGAGCCAUCGUCUAACAAAUAGUACAGGUCCAGUUUCCAACUCAAAACAGGCAUCCCAUACAGGGUUAUCUCCUGAUCCUUUUGAUGGGAAUGGACCUCAUAAAAAGACAAAGAAGCCUAAAGCAUGGUCCAACAAGGAGGAUGCAGACUUAAUGGAUGGUGUACAUAAGUGUGGUGAAGGAAAUUGGCUGAACAUUCUGCGUAAAUAUAACUUCGAUAGCACAAGAACUUAUGUUCAAUUAUCUCAGAGAUGGGCAGUCAUUUGCAGGCGUCAAGGAACAACCAAGCUUGCUAAAGCUAAAUCAGUCACCACGGAGUUUGAUAUAAAAGCUACUCAAAAGGCAUUCUCUAUGGCUCUUGAUAUGCCUAUGGGGAAGCCUGGUGGAUUCUCUACAUUAAGAUUAGGAGCUUCACAACAAAGCGCUCAACAUCCUGCUCCAGUAUUCGUUGCUGCGGCACCUGAGUUAAAAUGUGCAACAUCCUCUUCAUCAUUCCCGUUGCCAGUACCAGCGCCAGCACAAGGGCAGAUUCCACUUCCUCGGGUGCAACCAGCUCCUGCUCAAGCUGCAGCCUCAAAAGUGUCAAAUACUUCAAACAAGUCACAAAAUAGCUCUAAGAAGCAAAAUGCACAAGCAAAUCCUACAAAUGCUCCUUCCUCGAUACAAGCUGCAGCUAUUGCUGCUGGUGGACGAAUCGCCCCAGCAAGCAUCGCCACCGAUUUAUUGAAAGCUGCACAAUCCUCGCAAGCUGUGCACAUAACCCCGAAAGCUAAGCACAUAAGACCUCGAGGAAAAGGAUCUUCAAAAACUUCUACAAGCUCUAAAGCAUCCACUAUGGCUGGUGAGCCUGGAACACAGCCUGGUAGUGCUGAACACCCAGAACCUCCAAACUGCAGUGCCCCUACACCAUCUCCUCCGGUUUUGAUAACACAGUCAAUUGAGCAAGUUAAUGUUGUGUCAGAAGUUGCAGGAGUUAACCCCCCUGAACAAUCUGCUAGUGCACAUUUGUUGGAACCUGAUAGAGCAUUGAGCACCACACCAGUGUCUGGCCCAUGCGACAAUAUGGAGAUGGACGACGACUCUACAUUUUGUGCAGUCACGAUGGAGGACUUGUUUCCUGAAGACGUGAAGCAGCCGGAGAUGGUGAAGCAGCCAGAGAUAGUGAAGCAGUAUGAGAUGAUAGACCCCAAAGCUGAGGAGAGCAUAGAUCCCAAGGAUGCCGACAUGCUGGAGUUCGAUCGCUUUGUUGCCCAAGGAUGCUUGACUACAGAUUGUUUGGAUAAGAGCAAAGGUGUCAAAAUUGCUCCUGGAGCUCAAGGUGCUAUUCCCAGCCAGAAGAAACAGCAACCCACAGUUGUGAAAAGCAUCCCUGCGUCUGCUAGAGCACCAGCAACCGUGAAGAAGACCAAAACUCUAGCUUCACAUGGGGCGACCUUUCCAUCAACAGUCACCUCUAGUGGCCUUGUUGGCACAGGCAAUGCUGGUGUGCUGAGUAAAGCAAUAUAUCGGAAGCCACCUGGCCCAGGCACCACAGGCAAACAAAAUAGGUGCCAAGAAAUUAUGGCCCAGAAGCAGCAUGCUAUGAGCUCAAAUAGUAGUGCACUGGCCAGGAAUGCGGCUCCUGACGUCGGAACACCAGCCAGGAAUGCGGCUCCGGGGGUUGGAACACCAGCCAGGAAUGCGGCUCCGGGCGUUGGAACACCAGCCAAGAAUAUGUCUCCCGGUGCCGGAACACCAGUUAGGAAUGCGGUUCCAGCCACCGGAACACUAGCUAAAAAUAUGGCUCCUGCCACCGGAGCACCAGCCAGGAAUGCGGCUCCUGGCACUGGAAUAACACCAGCCAGGAGCUUGCUUACCGGCACUGGAACACCACCAGCCAGGAACUCGCUUACCGGCACUGCAACACCACCAGUCAGGACUGCGGCUCCUGGCACUGGAACACCACCAGUCAGGAACCCGGCUCCCAGUGCUGGAACUCCACCAGGCAGGAACUCGCUUACCGGCACCGGAACACCAGCCAGUCGCCAAUAUACCCCAGUGGUGAAUGGGGCUAGCAAGGGGAAUCCACCUGCCAGCCAAUAG